AUGGAUCCUCUAUCUCUAUCCCUUGGGAUUGCGGGCGUCCUGCCUCUAAUUGCUAGCGCUGUUCUUACAUCCAAAAAGUACGUACAGACUGUGAGGUCGGCGAGGACGUCAAUUGCGGCCUUAAUAUUCGAGCUCGAAGCCCUUGGAUCUACCGUAGAGGAUCUGCAAGACCUCCUGAAGGGAGAGACACUUAAAGGUAGUGCUGUGCGAUUCCACGGAAGUUCGGUUCUUUUAACCUGCUCCGCUGCGUGUGAGGCAAAGCUGCGAGCGCUCUGUAAGACGCUGGACCAAGAAUCCAAGGGGAAAGCACGUCGGUUGCUGUGGCCUUUUACCGAGAAGGAGCACCAGAAGACGAUACAGGACAUACGCAACUUUACCAACUGGAUGCAAUUUGCCUUGUCGGUCGAUGGCUGCCGGAUUCUAUCGCAGACGUCAAACGAUGUUUUGAAGUUGAUGGGACAGCAACUAGAACAGUUCAAUACCAUCCAGACUCUCGAGGCAGACACCCUUCGAAUCUUAGACUUGGUUCAAGAACAGACGCACACAAUUCAGGUUAAUAGCAAGCGGGAGACUAGAAGGGAAAUUUUGAACUGGAUAUCGAGCUUGAAACACCAUCGAAAACAUCAGCUAAUCCAAGCGUCGAGGGCGCAAAAUACUGGUACUUGGAUCCUCAAAAAGAAAGAAUUUAUUCAGUGGCGAGAUGGUAGUUCUCCGUCAAAUGUUCUUAUGUGCCAUGGAAUUCAAGGAUCGGGCAAAACAAACCUUGCCUCUAUCAUUAUCGACGACCUUCUCGACUCUAGAUCCAGCGAGACUUCACCUGUCGCGUUUUUCUACUUCGAUCACCAGGAUCAAUCUACUCAAGGUACAUCGGCAGUUCUAUGCUGCAUCCUUAGACAACUUCUCGAGCAGCUACCGGAAAUUCCGAGCCCGGUAGCCGAACUAUAUGAGAAAAGCGGCCACCAGGGUCAAAUGCCUCUCCAUGAGUGUGAACGACUACUCACAGGCCUUGUUUCGGGUCAUAGGUGUGCGUAUCUAGUGUUUGACGGACUCGACGAAUCGGAACAUAGGAAAUCCUUUGUUCAGAGCAUUCAGAAUGUGGUUCGAAGUCGCCAAAUCCGGUUGCUAGUCACGAGUCGGCCUCAUAUACGAGACCUCAUAGAUCUUUUUCAGCAGCAUCCGAACCUCAAGAUCGAGGCCCACGAGGAAGAUCUCAGGACAUAUCUCUACCAAGGGCUCGAACAAGGAGGAAUCCAUGAUAUCGCGGAUCAAAGCUUUGUGGACAGCCUGGUUGAGAAUCUGAUGGAGGGGGCAGAUGGAAUGUUUCUACUUCCAGUUUUACGACUCCGCACCGUGCUCAAGGAGCCUACUCUCGGCGACAUGGAGGACAGAAUACAAGAACUGUCUCAAACUCUCAGCGAAGCAUUUGCAGAUACCAUUUCCCGCAUACAACGGCUUCCCGGGAGCUGCAGCCGGCUCGGCAUGGGUGCUCUUAUGUGGCUCAGUCACACAACUCGGACGUUGACAGAAUCGGAGCUCAGCGACGUCUUGGCCAUCCACAGUGUGCGUAAUGCGGUCGAUAUUAAGUACCGCCCAGCUACAAAGACCAUCAUCGAAUGCUGUCAAGGCCUUGCAACUAUAGAUGUGGAGGGUUACGUACGACUUGCGCAUUAUGCAAUCCAAGAGUACUUAACAGAGCAUUCGAAGGACCUCUUUCCACGAGCCAGAGCCAAGAUCGCGGUGACUUGUCUUCGCUACCUUGCGUUUGAGAACUUCCAGGAUGGGCCUUGGCCCACCAAGAAAGCAAUCAAAAGUAGGAUGGAAAUGUACCCCUUCCUCCCAUGGGCCGCAGUGAACUGGGGACGAUUUGUCCGACAGACAGAAACCGACGAGGAAGUGUCGUCUGCGCUAUUCGCAUUCUUCUCCUCUGCUUCUGCUACGGCCGUGGCUAACCAAGUGCGACAGUGUUCAAAGGGCCUAAACAAGAAAUACUGGAAUGCAGAUGAAUGUCGCAGCUUCUCAGCACUCCACCAUGCGUCGCGCCACGGACUCAAGCAAGCGACCACCCGGCUCCUUGAUAGCGGCGACUACAGCGUUAACGAUGUAACGCAGAUGGGAACAUCAGCUGUGAUUCAGGCCGCUGCGGCCGGGCACGUGUUGAUGACCCGGGACCUGUUAGCACGCGGCGCCAAUCCACUCCUUUGUAACUGGUAUGGCGACGCGCUGCACUGUGCUAUGGAAUCGAAUAACCCGGGCACCGUGCGCGAGCUUGUCGGCUGGGGAAUGCACCCCAAUAUUGUCAGGGAAAACGGGCGCACUUACCUCUCCUGCGCGAUGGCAAAUGACUCAGCCGACGCGUUUGCAGCGCUUGUUGAACUCGGCGCAGACAUUGUGUUGCAGAGUGAGUCCGAACCUGACGGCCAUAUAUUCUUCACUGCGGUACUCGAUGGCUGCGACAAGAUCAUCAACCUGAUGAUAAAGCGGAAAUGGGCCGACAUUAAUAUGAGGGAUCCCGCGGGGCUCACACCAGUGCACUAUGCCGCUGCGGCGGGGAGUCGGAAGACUGUGAUGAGCCUUCUCGAUGCCGGGGCCAAUAUCGAUGCGGUGGACAAUGAGGGACGAACGGUUCUAUAUUACGCGGAGUUGAGAGGCAACAAGGCUGUGGCGAGACUCUUGCUAGACUCAGGGGCUAGACCUUCGCCUCAAACACAGACAUGA